AUGAACGCUUCGAUUCAGACCAUGGUGGAUCGGCGAGCUGUGGUCCACGCAUACCGUCACCUCUAUCGACAGGGGUUGAAAGCCAUUCAGUAUUCGACACCAGGUCGCUAUAUCCUUCUGAAGUCCCUGCGAAAAUCCUACCGUUCAUCCCCAUCCGAAGAGUUCGAUCCUGCCAAAAUCGCCAACACUAUCCGUUUUCUCGAAAGGGCCACCGAGGUCGCAGGCAUGGAACACAAGAUCUUAAAGAAUCUCCUACUAGUGAGGUAUUGGCAGCAGGAUCACCUUGCGAAAGAGGCCCGCGUUCCACGAAGUCUGGGACUCGGUCCUGUAGAGCAGCACUUGCGGACAAGCGUUUUCGAACAUUAUAAUUUGACACUUGACCGAUUGAAUGAGAGCUUAGGAACCUGUCUCAGAUGA